AUGUCUCUUCCAGUUUCGACAAGUUCUGCUCAAACCCAGAAUUCAAAUUCUGUAGUAAAUCGUCCAACAGCAAAUUAUCGUCCUAGCUUAUGGGGAGAUCGUUUCCUAUCUUUAGCUAACAACUCCAUGGAAACCUAUGGGAACUUGGAGCAAGUCCAGAAGCUGAAGGAAGAAGUGCAGAGAAUGCUAAUGGCUCCCGUCGAUAAACCAUUACAAAAGCUGGAGUUAAUUGAUGCGAUCCAGCGUUUAGGCGUAUCUUACCAUUUUGAAAGCGAGAUUGACUCUGUAUUACAAGAAAUUCACAAGUACUAUUAUUACAAUGAAGAUGAACAGGAAAUCUCUGGUCAUGGCCUUUACACCGUUGCUCUCCGUUUUCGAUUACUGAGGCAACAAGGUUAUAAUAUUCCAAGCGAUGUUUUCAACAAGUUCAAGGACAGCAAGGGGAACUUUAGGGAGUCACUUAUUGACGAUGUGCGAGGCAUUUUAUGUUUGUAUGAAGCUUCGCAUAUGAGGGUGCAUGGAGAAGAUAUACUUGAUGAGGCACUCGAUUUUACAACCGCUCGCCUUGAGUCGAUGGUGACUGCAGAUUCAAAUCCUUCUGUUGUUGCACAAGUAAGUCGUGCCUUACAGAGGCCCCUUCGAAAGUGCUUGCCGAGGUUAGAGGCGAGACAUUACUUGUCUAUCUACCAGGAAAGUAGUUCAUUUAAUGAGGUUUUGUUGAACUUCGCCAAGUUAGAUUUUAACAUACUGCAAGGACAACACCAGAAAGAACUUGUCCAUCUCUCAAGGUGGUGGAAAGAUUUAAACAUCCCGAUAGAGUUAUCUUUUGCCCGAGAUAGAUUGGUGGAAUUGUACUUUUGGAUUUUGGGAGUGUACUUUGAACCCCAGUACGCUCUUGCUAGGAGGAUUCUUACCAAAAUAGCUUGCAUGCUAUCAAUCAUAGAUGAUGCAUUUGAUUCCUAUGGUACGUUUGAAGAACUCGAGCUCUUUACAGAUGCAGUUAAAAGGUGGGAUAUAAACUGCAUUGACCAACUCCCACAGUACAUGAAAUUGAUCUAUAAAGCACUCUUGGAUGUUUAUGAAGAAAUUGAGGAAGAGAUGUCCAAGGAAGGAAGGUUCUACCGCGUUUACUAUGCAAAGGAAGAGAUGAAGAAUCAAGUUCAAGCCUACUUUGUUGAAGCCAAAUGGCUUAAUGAAAAUUAUGUACCCACGUUCGAGGAGUAUAUGAAUAAUGCACUUGUAUCAUGUGCUUACUCCACUAUGACAACCUUAUCUUUUGUUGGCAUGGGAGACAUCGUAACAAAGGAAGCCUUCGAUUGGGUCUUCAGUCACCCUAGGAUGGUUAAAGCAGCAGAAAUCAUAAACAGGCUCAUGGAUGAUAUUGUUUCCACUGAAUUUGAACAACAGAGUGGCCACGUUGUCACAGGUAUUGAAUGCUAUAUGAAGCAACAUGGCGUGUCAAAGCAAGAGGUACAUGAAGAAUUUCAGAGGCAGAUUGUGAAUGCAUGGAAGGAUAUGAAUGAGGAGCUCCUUAAACCUACUCAAGUUCCAAUGCCUCUCCUUUUGCGGAUACUCAAUCUCGCACGUGUAAUGGAUCUUCUUUACAAGAAUGAAGACGCGUACACACAUCUUGGAGGAGUACUGACAGAGGGUGUCACUUCAUUGCUUGUCGAUCCCGUAUUGCUAUAA